AUGUCAAGAAGGGUCAACAAUAUUGUUGUUUGUUUACUCUUGUUUUGUGUUCAUGUGGCAGUAGCUUUUGCUUCAAGCUCAGAAUCAAAUUGGCUAAGCCAUGGUGGAGAUUUAUCCAACAGAAGAUAUGCAUCCAUGGAGCGUAAGAUUAAUCCCAUAACAGCACCACGCCUGAAACUGAAGUGGAAAUUCUUUGCAGGACAAGAUAUUACAGCGACGCCGACAAUAUAUGACGGUGUAGUUUAUUUUCCAAGCUGGAAUGGUAACAUUUAUGCAAUUAGACAAAUUGAUGGGUCAGUUGUUUGGAAGAAAAAUUUGAAGGAGUUGACAGGCUUAAAUGCAACUGUGUUUAUCUUUAAUGCAAAUGGGACAGUUUCUAGAGUGAGUCCAAGUGUGGCUGGAGAUUUAUUGAUUCUUGGAAUUUAUGGACCAGCUGUUAUUGCUGGUCUUAAUAGAACAAAUGGUGAGCUUGUUUGGUUGACAAAGUUGGAGAAUCAUUAUAGAUCAUUUGUUACCAUGUCUGGAACAUAUUACAAUGGGAGUUACUAUGUUGGGGUAUCUUCACUAGAAGAACAAGUAGCAAUUGAUAAAUGUUGUACAUUCCGCGGAAGCUUUGCAAAACUUGAUGCUAAAACCGGUGCUAUCUUAUGGCAAACCUAUAUGUUGCCAGAUAACAAAGGAAAAAGAGAUCAAUAUGCAGGAGCCGCGAUUUGGGGAAGUAGUCCUUCCAUUGAUGUUUAUCGAAAACAUGUUUAUAUUGCCACCGGAAAUCUCUAUUCAGCCCCACAAAACAUACUUGAUUGUCAAGAAAGACAAAAUAAUCAAACGACUCCUGUUGAAACUGACGAGUGUAUCGAACCAGAAAACCACUCCAAUUCGAUGCUGGCCCUUGAUUUGGACUCUGGAAAAAUCAAAUGGUUCAAACAGUUAGGAGGCUUGGAUGUAUGGUUUAUAGCAUGUAAUAACGCUUCAACUCCUAACUGUCCGCCUCAAGGUCCAUUACCAGAUUCAGAUUUUGGAGAGGCGCCAAUGAUGUUAACUACAUAUGUAAACGGAACAAAGAAAGAUGUCGUUGUUGCUGUUCAGAAAAGUGGAUUUGCAUGGGCAUUGGAUCGCGAUAACGGAACCCUUAUAUGGUUUAAGCAAGCGGGGCCUAGUGGAACGGGCGGAGGUGGAAUAUGGGGCGCAUCAACUGAUGAAAAAAGAGUUUAUACCAACAGUGCAAAUUCAAAUAAGGAUAAUUUCCAACUUUUGCCGUCUAACAUGAAUACAACCACCGGAGGAUGGGUCGCAAUGGAUCCUAGAAACGGAGAAAUUCUUUGGUCCACUGCUAACCCUGGAAAUAGUACUGUCAGCGGCCCUGUUAGCGUAGCAAAUGAAGUUCUAUUUGGUGGAUCCACUGAUUUAUCAGGACACAUAUAUGCGAUCAACGCGAGAAAUGGAAAAAUCUUAUGGUCCUAUGCAACUGGAGGUAGUGUGUAUGGAGGAAUGUCCAUCAGCAAUGGAUGUGUUUAUUCAGGUCAUGGAUAUAAUGUCUCUCUAGGAGUUUUCUCUAACUAUACCGGUGGAACCUCGCUCUUUGCCUUUUGUGUCUAA